AAACCUUUUUUGUUUUGGUGAAAAAAAAAAUUAAGAUCUGUUCGUCCCUGCACUAUCAGCGACUCAGUCUGCUCUUGGAAGCCCUGCAAAUCCCUGUGAAAUCAAAGAGAGAAGAGCAGCAUCCAUGGAAGGACUAGUCAUAGUCCAAUCGACGCCCAUCCAAGCCCCGAAUCCUCCGAGCUCAGCCCAGUCUCUCCAUCCUCAACCUCCUCCCUCUUCCAAGAAGAGACCCCUCGACAAUGACUCCCUUUCACACCACUCCAAACCCCUCAAGCUUCGUCUCCUUCUCAAAGAUCUUCGUCCUCAUUUUCUCGAGGUUCUCCGGACCCCGGACUUUCGGAACUGCAAAGCAGCGAAUGAAAUUCAUGAACAGAUGAAGCUUCUGGUAGAACUGUACAAUCAGAUGAUAACAGAGACAGUUUCUGUUGGCAAAAAGAUUGUGACAGAGAGGCAGCCAUCAUUACCAAGUGAGAACAAGGAUGGUCAAAAUCCAUCGGAGAAGGCGUCAGCUGAAACUAGUGAUAUUUCAGGGACAUAUAUUGUUGGAGGAUCAGCUUUCGGCUGGAAUUUCAUCACGUAUUCUGGAAAAGAUCCCGUGUAUUAUGGAGUGACUAAGGAAUCGUUUCGUGCAAAAGCAACUCCUCCGCCAUCCCAGUAGAAGUGCCUCUGCAGCCAGGAGCCGCUGCUUCUACUACGUCGGCGUUCACUUUCCGGUUACAGCAGAAGUAACUGGAAAAAUGCGGUCGCCUCCUAUAGAAAUUCCUGCAGCCUACCCCAUGAUUGUACGUGUAGUGUAGAAGUAUCCAAUUGUCAAAGCUCUAAUAUUUAUAGCGUGUUCAAUGUCUGUCUCAUGGUCUUUAUUCAAGCUCCUGAAAGACAAAAACCGUGCUACCGCUUUCUUUUUGAUUGAGAAAGAACCAAAUGAAAAUCAGAUGUACUGCAAUGAGAAUUUGUUGAACCAAGAAUAUUGGUCUACCUUCCUGGGAUUUUAUCAUGCUUUGAUAUCCAUUAUCCAUUACACCACUGACACGUGGCACAUUCGUGUAUGAUCUUAUGAAAAGAAAAGGGAAAAAAAAACUGUUAUUGUCUUUUUAUGGUGAUAUUUAAUAACGGUUUUGUUGCUUGAAUUAUGAAUUUU